AUGACAAUCCCACUCGGCUUUAAGUUUUUUCCGUCUGAUCAAGAGUUAAUUCAUUAUCUUCUCCAAAAAUCGACCGCAAGACCUUUGCCUUGUGACAAUGUGAUUAAGGACUAUGACCUUUACGGCGAAAAAGAGCCUUCGACGAUAUUUGAUGGAGCAGAAGCGAAUAUUCAUUAUAUUUUUACUAUAUUGAAGAAGAAGACUAAAAAGGGUGCCCGGGUUGAUCGAACGGCUGGGACAGGAACGUGGAAAGGCGUCGAUGCAAGCAAGCCUAUAUAUGAUGGCAAUCGGAGACUGAUAGGGUCUAAGAAAAACUUCGUAUACUUGACAAAGUCUAAGACCAAAGGAGGAUGGAAUAUGGUAGAAUACAAUCUAGAAGGCAUAGCAGAGAAACAUGCACUCAAACUUGGAAAGGUCACAGAUUAUGUUAUUUGCCGCAUCACAAAAAAUGCAAUUAGCAAAAAUCGAAUCAGGGAAGAGGGUCAAGUCAACAAGUGGAGCAUAUCAAGUGGUGGAGUAUCUAGACAACAGAGCAUACGUGGAUAUUUGGACCCGGUGGCACAAUUUGGAGGGAAUAAGCCCUGA